AGAAUUGAGUACUUCAAAGAAAUGCCAAGCUGGGAAUCCUGCAGCAUCGCUCAAAAGAGUAGAACACAGCCCAGCUGGUCGUUGGGAGAGAUGAAAGGUUCUGCCAUUACUGGUCCAAUCGGGAAGGAGUGUGCUGAUUUGUGGCCCAGGAUUGCAAGUGGUGCGAAUGCCAUUGUUUAAGAUUCUCAACUGUGACAUCUAGUUCCUUUGCAUUGUUCAAACCAUACUCUAUUACUGAAAUUUUGCACUGUCUAGUUUCUGUUUGCCCAGGAUGCCAUUUUGAUUGUCUUGAAUUACUACAUUUCAAAUAACGGUGUGUUUGCUUAAUUUCAUUCAGGAUAAGCUUUCAUCAAUGAGUUUAUCGUUUUUCAUCCAUUAUCAUAGAUGUUUUUCAAAGGUUUCAGUGAUGCUACUCUUCUUCUUUAUUGUAAUUUUCAUUCUUUCAAGGUAGUUAAUGUGAUUUUUCCUUUAAGGAGUUGUAUCCAUUUUUCCAUAUUCAUGUGAAGGCCUGGUGGCCUGUGAUUUGUGUGGGUUAACAACAACUUUAAGUCUUUUUAGGCCCAUUUUAUAAUGAAAUUGAACCCAUUUU